AACACACUUAAGCCUGGAAGUGUGUUGCCAUUUUACUGUGCUACUGCAGGCUGACUCUUGUGCUGAAAUUAAAGUAAAACAAAACAAAAAAAACCAACCCAAAGCUGGUAAUUGGCUAGGAUGAUGAUAAUGUGAGCUCAUCCCUCAACCUCAGGGAGGGAAGCCUGCUUAGUCAUAGAGCCAGCAGUGCUCAGCCAAUGAAGCUGCCGAGUGUGAGCUUUCCUGGAGCAUAGUCAUGCUGCAGCUUGAACAUUUAUCACUUCAGCUUAAACUAUGGACUAUUAUUAUUAGGAUGACAUACAGGAUAUUUUUCUGCAAUUAUUCUAUAUAGAAAGAAAUUCUAAAAAGCUAAUUUUGUGAUGUGUUCUUUUACCAUCUAAUACUGGAUGCACCAGAUCCUCUUUUUUUUUUCUUUCCCUUGGUGAUCUCUUAGUUAGAAUUUAUUUAUUGCACACAAUUGGGAGAGCUGGGACGUUCAAUAAGCAUGUUUUGUUCAAAGUACUUUAAAUCUCUUUCCUCCCCAGUAAUGUAAUUUUCACUAUCCUGUUUUUUCUGCUGUUGUAACUUGAGUUGUUCUUCAAUCACUACAGUCUUCUCAAGUGAUGAGAUAACCUAAAGGAGGGAAAGGAAUAUGUACUUCUGUGUUCCAUGAAGGGAGUCCUAAAAAAUAUUGCAUGGCUCUUAGGGAAGUUAUCUCUGAACUUACUUUUUUUGUAAACUUUGCACAUUAAUAUUUUUGUUACAUCUCUUUCCUAGAUAGGUGCAGUUCUAAACUGAGUUAGGCUUUGCAAUGCUGGUGGCUUCUUACCUAGUAAUGGAAAAAACAGAGCCAAAGUCCAACACAAGUGGAGGUUUGUGCUAAUGCAACAUUUUCUCGCUAACCUCAGAGCCCUCUUUCUAAAGGUCUUCUGGAUACUUGUGUGUAUGGUAGUUGCAAAUCUCAGUUACCACUAUUAAGAACAGCAUCAGCUGUUUGUUUGGGGUUUUUUCCUUCCUUUUUUUAGAAGUGUUAAAAACACAGACCCUUGAAGUUGUGUGCCAGCUUUUAGGCAGUUAUCUUUGCGUUCUCUCUCAAAGUGUAGGAAAUCUACAGCAGAGCUUCUAAAGGUUGUCUGGCAGGUUUAAAUUUGGUCUAGUAGUAAUGUCUUCUGAUACACAGAAAAACUUGCCAUGUUUUCCUCGGAGUUAGGUGACUGAUCAAUACAACAGCAUGCAGAAGCAUCUGUGGAAGGAAAACUGUUACAAGGUUAUCUAGUUUGGAGAGAAAAAUAGCUUGUGAUGAUUUCAGAAAGUAAGAUUGUGUCAGCAACCACUGCUAGUAGUAUUACCUCAGGGACUGUGGUUUAGCUGUUAGCUCUGUUACAUUUGUAACACUACUGCAAAAAGCAAGGAGUGAGAAUAACAUUAAUGCCUCCUAAGAGACAUAGCAACCUUUCCACCUCUACGUUUUUGCUACCAGGGAUCCAGUUUCCUGCUGUAGGAUGUUUUUUCCUCUUCUAAUGAAGUUUUGAAAUAGGAAAAACUUACUUUAUGAAAUCCUCGUUUGUGUGCUAGUUGCAGUUUAGAGAGAAUUUUCCAUCUCACGUGUUCACAAUUUCUCCUAGAGUUAUUUUUGUCCUGUUGAAAGAGGACUGGAAAAUGAGCCGAGACGUUGUGCUUAGAGGAGGGAGGAACACCCUGGCUCCGUGAUACAGGGUGGCAGAGGUCCACGGCCCAUGGUUCCAGGAGCACUGAAGCCAAGCUUGGCCUCUGAGGUGGAAGUUGCGACCUGUAACUAAGUGGACCCUACUGACCUCUGAACCACAAAGGAUAAGAGUGAAAAGAAGUGGGAGAAGCACACGAAGAAAAAGGAAGUGGAUGCACUUUCAUCUGGACUUCUUUCCUGCCCUUUAUUACUAAAACUGAAUGGAAAAGAGAGACUUCCGUGCCUUUCCUCCACCAGCCUCAAGCAUGGGUGGAUUGUAAAUACAGUGUGUGCAGCUGGGAGAAUAGACUGAACCAUGAAUCUUCAGGCUCAGCAAAAGUCUUCAAGCAAAAGGACUGGGAAACGAAUUGCCUAUUUUAAUGAGCAGGAAAUAGCUGUAUCAUCAAAAGAAUCACAGCAGCAGCUUAAAGAAGGACAGUACUAUGGUCAUGGAGGGAAUAUUCCGGUCUCCCAAACUAUGGAGAUUCCUCACACAGGAGGAUUAGCAAGUCCUCCCAACAAUGUUGCUUUGAUGAACUCUGUUUACAAUCAAGAUAGGGGAGAAUCAAUGAUGAUGUCCCAGGCAGUAACAGCUGUCAAAUGGCAGAAUUCACUAAUGGGAAACCGGUUGCCAGAGAGGGGUGACAGCCACUGGCAGUCUCCACCUUCAAUGUGGAACCACAGUAUGGUUUUUGGGGGCAACCCAAAAGGACCCCACUCCAAUGCUGGUGCUCCAGGCUUCUAUGGCCACCCAGAAGCCCUUAAAAGAAAUCAAGAGAAAGGAGUGUUCGUGUCACAGCUGGACUUGUAUGGAGAUGCCGUCCAGCAGAUGAUGUCCCAGAAGGCUCAGCUGGAGCAGCAAGCACUGGUGAGACAGCAAGCUCAAAUGAAUUCUUUUCAUCAGAUGCAGAAACAGCAGCAGCAGAAUCAAAGUCUGCCGUUGCAGCCUUUCCAACUUGCAUUUGGUCACCAAGGCCAAAAGCAGGGUCUUCCUGAAUUGUUACAUGUCUUUCAAGAAGCCCCAGCUUCUUCCAGUCCAGCAUUUACUGCUCAACAAAAACAGCAAGCUCUUCCCCAGCUACAACUGUUUGAAAAUUUCUAUCCUCAACAGCAGCAGCAACAGGCUGCCACACAAGCCUUCAGUCUGCAGCAAACUACUUCCAUAGCACAGCCUCAUGUGGCAGCUGCGGCACCUCAGCAUCACAUGAUGGCACACCAGUUUCAGCAAACAGAGCGGAACCAGGAACUAUUCAAGGCUCUAACAGAGCAGAACCAACAGACUGUGCUACCUCAGACCCAGAUUCCCUUUCCAAGAAGGUCACGGAGACUCUCCAAAGAAGGUGUCCUGCUGACAUCUACAGGAGAAGUGUUGGCUUCCAAGCAGGCAGAAGAACAACCCAGCAAUUUAUUUCUACAUCACUGGCAAGCACAUCAGCAAGAGGUCCCAUUACAGCAGCCGCCUGAAUCACUGGCCCACAACAAAAGUAGCUAUUCGCACCCCAAGAGAAUGGAUCUGGGCCAGAAGGAUGUCCUGGUCAAUAGUGAGCUGUGCCAGAUGGAACCAGACAGGCAAGCCACAGCCCAGAAUGGUAGAGAUGGGGAGAAACAGGCGGCAGCAGCUGAAGAAAACACUCAGAGAACUAAUGAUUUUCAGGGUGUCAGAGGUGGUGUAAUCCAGAGUACACGACGGAGACGGCGUGUUUCUCAAGAAGCCAAUUUGCUAACUUUGGCCCAAAAAGCUGUUGAGCUGGCUUCUCUUCAGAAUGUAAAGGAACUGGAUACCUCAGAAGAGAAGAAGAGUGUGCUGAUAGCAGCUCCAGGACCUACAGCUGCAAAAAGUGUUGUGGAAUUUGCCAGUUCUUCGCCAGCUCCAAAAAGAGCCCGGGAGGAUAACAGCCUUGUGCCUCUUAUCAUUCCUGUGUCUGUGCCAGUGAGAAAAAUUGACUUGCAGACCCUUGGAAAGGAAAAGUCUGAGGAUGGAAAGCUCCAGAGAGGCCAAACAAAUGAUCGAGCUCCUUGUGAACGCAAGCCUUCUGUGAUAGUCACUCGGAGGCGAUCUAAUCGUAAUACUAACGUGGAAACCUCAAAUCAGCAUGAAGAUGCUGUUCCAAAGGAUGAAGCAGAGGGCUUUGCCCGGAAACCAAAGCAGCGGCCAAGACCUGAGCCACUCUUCAUACCACCAAAAGCUGGCACCUUUAUUGCACCACCUGUUUAUUCUAAUAUUACUCCAUAUCAGAGCCACUUACGGUCACCUGUCCGUCUGGCAGAUCAUCCUUCAGAUAGGAACUUUGAGCUACCUCCUUACACUCCUCCGCCAAUUCUAAGUCCAGUGAGAGAAGGAUCUGGGCUAUAUUUUAAUGCCAUCCUCUCUUCAAGUGGUCAUUCGGUUCCACCUCCAAUGACUCCUAAAAGUGCUCACAGAACUCUGCUUAGAUCAAAUAGUUCAGAAGUUACCCCUCCUGUUCUUACAGUAGUGGGGGAAGCCACCCCAGUCAGCAUUGAACCGCGAAUAAAUGUAGGAACUCGCUUUCAAGCAGAAAUCCCAUCACUCCAAGACAGAUCUCUGGCAGCAGUUGAUGAACAUAAAGCAGAGCUGGUGUGGCAGCCAUGGGGUGACCUGGAAACCAACAAAGUCACCCAAGAGAAUGUGGAAAACCUGCUAGCUGCUGCCUGUUCAAGCAUUUUUCCUGGGGCUGGAACCAACCAGGAGCUGGCGCUGCAUUUCUUACAUGAAGCAAAGGGAAGCAUUCUGGGAGCUUUGACCAAACUGCUAUUGAAGAGGCCAGUACGAUUGCCUACUCACCCUUUGGCAGAUUAUCACUACACAGGAUCAGACAAGUGGAAAGUUGCUGAAAAAAAACUUUUCAACAAAGGCAUUGCAAUCUACAAGAAAGACUUUUUCUUGGUCCAAAAGCUUAUAAAAACCAAAACAGUGGCUCAGUGUGUGGAAUUCUACUACACAUACAAGAAACAGGUGAAAAUUGGUCGGAAUGGGACCUUAAUCUUUGGGGACAUUGAUGUUGCUAGUGAGAAAUCUAUGAAAGAUGAAGCUGAGGUUGACAUCAAGAGUUCCCAUAGGUUUGCACGUGUUCUUCCUCCCAGAAGGGACAUUUACAGUGAAGAACAGGGGCACAUGGAGGAGGAGGAAGAGGAGGAGGAGGAAGAAGCAGAGGAAGGGUUGGAUAACAGAAGGAAGAACACAGUUCUUCUCAGAGAUGAACAGACACUACAAGAUGGUGUAAUAGCCAGUGAUGCCAAUAUGAGGAGCCAAGAGGCAACUGUCACAGGCAGAGUUGGAAGGAAGCCAAGGGAGACCACAGUGAAGCAUCGAAAGCCUCUUACUGCUCCAGUGCAGAGGAGGAGACGGAAACAGAAGAUAAAAUCAGAUGCUACCAGUAAAACUCAGAACACAGAAAACACCUUUCCAUGUAAAAAAUGUGGCAGGGUGUUCUACAAGGUGAAGAGCCGCAGCGCCCACAUGAAAAGCCAUGCAGAGCAGGAGAAGAAGGCGGCCGCACUGAAGCAGCAAGAGAAAGAGGCAGCAGCGGCAGCGGCGGCAGCAGCAGCGCACAGCCAGGCCCAGCAGGAAGAGAGCAGCGAAAGCGGGAGCAGCAGCAGUGGAAGCAGCAGUGCGAGCUCAGAUGAAGAUGGAGAAAUAUAGCAGCAGACCAGAAGUGGAGGGAGUAGCAAGGCUGGACCCAACCUCCCUCUUGGUGGUCUCAAUUUUUUUGCUUGCACUUUUCUUACCUGAACCAUCAGGUCUCAGGUUCAGUGCUGCCGUUUCCUCAUGCCACAUGUUUCGCUUCACCUUGCCAGUACUGACCAAGCCAGAAUGGUGGAUGAAAAGAUUUCUUUCAACUUGGAUGUUUGGGUUUGUUUUGUUGGUUUUUUUUAAACAAAUAAGAUUUCUAUUCUAUUUAUAAUAAUAUCUGAGGUACAUAAUAGAACAAUGUCACCUGCAGUGGAAGAAAGUUCUCUCUUGGGUCAGUCAGACCUUUCUUUUUAUGCUUGUCAGGAAUCAUGAUAACAGGACUCUUGGAUAUAAAGGUUUCCAGAUCGGAGCAAAAAAAUGAUGCUCUGCUCUGAGCUAGCUGUAUCCAGUUACUGUGACACUGGUGAUUUCUAGAUGUUUCCUUUUUCAGCAUGUUCUUCUUCCUGUUACACUUUCCUGCCUUUCUUUCUGAGCAUUUAUUCAGGCAGCCAACAAGUUUUGUGGAAAGAUGGUGUGCACUUUUGGCCUCUGCUUCACAAAAAUGAAAAGUGGGAUGAGCAAGACACUCUUCUUCCUUUUGAGAGGAAGCUUUAUUUUUCAAAAGUAAGCGUGAGGUGGUUUCUUUUAUGCCAUUAAGAAUGCAGCAAUGGAUAUAAAAAUAUCCUGUGGGAUUAGAGUAGCCACAGGCCUUGCGGGUUGUCUCAUCUUGGAAAACAAAAGUCUGCCUUUGAUUAACUUAAUGGAAAGUAGUCUGGGCUUCACAAGUGCAAUUUGAAAUGUAAACUGCUGGUUUUGACUUUGCAUAAAUGGGAGCAAGUUUGUUUAGUGAAAAUGAACCAAGACCUUCUCAUGCGCUGGAUUGUGUGCACCUCAGAGAUGGGAGGAACGUACUCUCAUCUCCAGCAGUCCCCUUAAAUCCCUCUGUGUAUGGCUUUUACCUCUGCACACAUCCAUUUCUUUCUUGUGGCAGCCCUCAUUUAUUCCUUGAAAUUGCCAUCAUCAAGAGCUUCUAUGGUGGGGCCCUAGUUUCCCAAAUACUUCCUGUCAGACAGUACAUAUGUGCAGGAGGAGCUUGUCACUUCUUUCCACACUGGUGGCUGGACAGCCCUGCCUGCUGGGUUGUCCUGCUGCGAGCCUUGCUCUUUGCUGAAAGGCUGACUCUUCCUUCAGAACUGACACGUGCUAAUAGCCCAGAAGGUCCAGCCACCAAAAACCUGCCGGUGAAAGAGAGUUAAGAAGUAGUAAAGUUCAGGUGACAUAGAUGUUAGAUUUGCAUGGGAUUGUUCUGUACAUCUUUAUAGCCUUUGCUUCCUCCUGCUUCACAACCGGUCAGUCCCAGCCCCGUACCCUGGCUGCCCAGCUCCCUCCAGCCAGCAGUCAGAAGCAGCGCUGAUCCCCCGGCUUCCUGGGAGCCGGCACUGUCAGAUUGCGUGUGCACUGCUUCAGGGGUGCAAUACCGAAGGAGCUGAUGGCUCCUGUGUUCCCAAGCAGGGAUCCUAGGGGGAUUGCUGUACAUGAUCUACAGAGUGUUCCUGACUGGCUGAUUUUUUUUAUUUUAUUUUUUAAAUCUUGACCCUUCAAGCUGCUAGAUAAAUUCCAGGUUAAGUAUGGAAAGUGGUUCUAACUCCAGCAUGCCAUCUGGCAAUCUUUUCCUGCCCUGUGGUUUUAUGCAACCAUGAUUGCUUGACUCUCUAAGUCUGGGAGGCUGUGUAUCGUACCGUGUUUGCUUUGACAUAUAUAUGCCUUUGGAUAGAAUCCCUUUCUCUUAAUAGCAGAAACAGUUACUGCUCUUACAAAAUAGGUAGGAGUAUCAUUAAGGAUGGCACUUUUUUCAAUGUUGACACUUUUGCCUUUAAGUGUGCAAUUUUCUGCCAGGGUUGUAUUUUUCAUUCCUAACAAGAUUAGGUUUCUUUUCAGCAUUUGGAUGACUGUUCCAUGUCCCUACAUGCAGAGGUCUUGUUGACUAACUAGGCUGUGGAAGCAGAUGGCAUGUCACAAACUGUUAAAAUCAUUCAAAAACUGCAAAGAACUAAAAGCUGCUAAUCUUUAAAAAUAAGCUUAAGCAAAUCAGUCUUCCUAUUAAGAGUUUCAAUCUUGAUUGUUAUUUUUUUCCUUUUGUAAAUUAGAGAAAAUGCUUGUCUGCCGUUAUCCUAGGGUCCUUAGAGAGAACAGAAGCUUUAGCACACUGUGCCAGGACGGACAGUAUGUGAAGCAGCUGGAUCUCAUGGUUCACUUGUAGUACUGGGAUUAAUUCCAGUAAAAAGCAAUGAUGCAAUUAAAGUUCUGAAGUUAUGUUUCUGGGAAGUUGCCACUAGUUGCCAGAUCUUGAGAACUGCAGGGCAACAGUUGAGAAACAAGUAGUGCUUGUGAGUGUAUCUACAGAGGAUUUAAAGUAACUUAGAUAUUGUUAUACUGCUGUAAUUGAAUGUAUUUGCCUGGAAUACCAGUGUCCCAGCAGUAGAACGGUGUACAGUUACUUAUCACAGACUGGGAAGACCAAAAACACAUAACAUAAAAAAUGGAGAUGGAACUGGCACACACUGAGAAUGUGGCAAAAAUGAUUAUUUUUUAUUUUUUUUAGAUUGGAUAGGAGAUCUGACUGAACUUGAGAACUAAAAUAAGGUUAAUCAAACUCUCUUAGGAAAAUGAUUUCACUGUUCUUGCUAAACCACUGCAAAAUCAAUCAGUACGUAAUCCCAUAGGAAAAAACAGAGACUGUUCUUAUUGGGACAAAAUAAAGCUCUGUCUAGCUCCGGCUCUUGUUAUUGACAGCAAUCAGGAGCGGAUGCUUAGGAAAAAAUGAGGGAUAGCAUGGACCAGUGGGUGUAGUUCCAGCUAGAAAUUAGGAUGCUAAACUAGAAUUUAUGUAUGUUCUCUGGUAAGGCAAAUCUGCGGAGAGGUUUUUACGGAAAUGUACUGUUCUCCUUGUGGGCAGAAAGUCAGGAUGUUUCUCUGCAUUUUACUCUUCUGCUCUGUGUAUCACCUGCAUUUACUUUAGUAUUUUUAGUGUCUGGAAGUAUGCCUGCGUGAUAAUGAACAAACAUUUAGUCAUGGCCCUCAAGAGUUUUCAAGCUUGAAGUAGUUUUAGAUAUGGCAUAGAAAAUUAUGGUGACAAACAACUUAUCAGAUGAAAUGAAGUACGAAGAUUUAGGGAGCAAAUAAUGGGAUUGCUUUAAGUACCAAUUUAAUCUUCUUUCAGAUAUGAUGAUGCUUGAAUGCGAGCAUUAUUAUAGUCUUCCAAAGAGCAGAUCUUUCACUGGUUCUCCCUGUUUUAGGAAAUUGAUACGAGUGAUUUUUCCACUUAUCAAGGAUAAGCCAUUGAGGUGCUGAUAAGAACAAAUCAGAGAUUUUCUUUAAUUGCACAAAAGUCGUGUGUAUUACACACUGAAUCCAGUGCUGGUUGUUUCUCUCCCAUCCUGCUGCAGUAGAAGAGAACAGGAAGAUUUGAUAGAGAGAGGUCUGUCACUGGAAGAAAAUCAGAAAAGAGCUUUUUCUGAGGAUAACCUCUAACAGCUAUGGGUUAGCAUGGCUGACCAAAACCAGGUAAAUGUUUCAAGUAAGUGGCAUCAAAUGGAAAUAUUUCUGAGCACGUUUACAUAUUGCUAGUAGCUACCAGAAGAACUGUUUUCUGUCAUGGUAAUAAGUAAAACUGCUCCUCUGAGUGUCUUGUUUAAAAACAAGCAAGUGAAACCAAACCUGCUGCCCACUUGCUUAUGGUAGCAGUUUGGAAUUGAUCCUACAUCUGAAUUAGAUCCUGCCUACUAGCAAAAGUUGGCAGAGAAUUGUUUUAAAAAAACAAACCAACCAACCCCCAAUUGCUGUGGACAAAGUGCUUGAACUGAAUUUGUCUAAUCUGGAAUGAAUUCUGUUACUCUUCUUGGAAAAAAUGACAUGAGUGGCUUUUUACUGCAGCACAGUGUUAAUUUAAGGCUGUGUUGUUCCAAUUAUGAUUUUAAAAAAAUAAUUAGUGUAUGUUUUGUUGAUUUUCUGUUUUAAAACCCUGUGCUCAUUUUCCAUCCUUUAAAGGCCUGUUUACUGAUCCCCAUUUAGUAUAAGGGUUUGCUGUUAAUUUAGAAAAAAGGCAGGAUAUGCUCAGUCUUCAGUUGAGUUUGAACAAGGUGUCUCUCUGCUUUAGCUGUCUUUUCUAUGGGAACAAAUAUAAGAAUUAUAGACCGCAAUUCUGUAAACGCAUAUUAAUAGAUUUGCCUUUUACAGUGCGAGAUCAGGCUUCAGGUGGUCACGUACCCAGUAGUCAGGUGGCUGUAUUUCAAGACCAUUACCUAUUUGAGUCUCGAUGCCAGCUUUGGGCGUUGCGGAGAUGCAGCGAUAGAUCACAUUUUGCCCUGAUUGCGUACUUCUGCCUUUCUGCCUGUGUUGUCUGCCCUUUACAGAUAGAUUCAGUCUUUCAAGUUUGUGAUCUGCAUGGGGUAGUAUUUCAGUUUUGUAAGACUGUGUGUGUAUAUAAUUACUAGAUACAUGCAUGCACUUGCGAUGCAUAUCUGAUAUAGCUACAGGUGUUUUGCAGUGUAGCUGCGAGAACAACAACUCUACGUUUUCAUUUAUUUGAUGUUUUUCCAUUUACUGAUACAGGUAAUGGUAUCUGAGAGAACACAACUCAGUAAGCUGGAGGCCUACAGAAUUUCAAUUGGCUGUGCAGGACCUUGGCAUUUUGCUAGCUAGGACCAGGUGGGAAUAUAGCUGUUAAAAGACAGAGCAAAGUUAGAAAUUCUAAAGCUUAAAGGUAACUCAUCUAUUAAUCCCCUACCAGGGACUGUGAAGUCCAAAUUAGGUGAAAAUACCCUCUGAUUUCUCAAAUUGAGGCUUUUGGUCAUUUUUAUCAUUGCAACAAGCUUAGAUUAAAACCAACAUUCAAAAAAAGUGUUUCCUAACCACAGAGUGAGCUUUCUCACUCUCAGCAAUUACAUACUUCUUAAUUCUCUUUCAGGCUGUGGACUAAAAGUCCCAGUAUCUACGUAUCUUAUUUUAAAAGAAAUGAGAGUAGAGAGGACUGUAGCCGUAAGUCUUGUCUGCUUUCAUAAAAUGGCACUUUUAGUCCAAUGAUUACCUCUGCCAGAAACCUUACUCUAAAGUGCAUUUUCCCACACAAACUUUCUCCCUAUUUUAUCUUCUGAUGUAUGUCUGAAAGUUUAUAAAGCUUUAAAGAGACAGAGAGGCGGUGUCUACAAAUCAUGUCUGAUUUUUGUGGGGGUGAGUUUCUAUGUAAAUUUGUCGCUUGGGUUCAGCUGCUUUACUCACCCUCAUUCUCUCCUGUGUCGAAUGUUAGAUGACACAGACUUUGAAUCCCCCGCUGUCAAAGGAUUUUUCUUUCCAAGACUAGGAUUCCACUGACAGCUGAGCCUGAAAAAAACCCCUUAAUUUCUCCAGAUUAGAAAACAACAUAUAUUUUUAUAGAAAUGUAAUUGUAUAUUUUAAAAACCAGUUUCCUGCGGCUUCUCCACAUGUAUUUUCCCCCUUGUAGUUCAGAUUUGAUAUAAACUUUUUUGUGUUCAUUCUUUUUAUGUUCUGUUUUUAAAUUUGUAGUCAAAGCUUUGGUGUACUGUACAGGAGCAGUCAGCCUUUGUAAUUACUGUAUAAAUGCUUUAUAAUAAAGUAUAUUACUUUUAUUUUAACAAGUGAGCAGACACUUCCUUUUGUGUGUUUGCUGCCUAGGGCACCUUUUAAGACUGUUACAUGUUUAAAAUGUACAUAUAUAAAUAUAUUUACCUGUUGCUGUACAGUUGUGAUAGACUGGACUGAAUUUAUUUUUUGUGUGCUUUUUUAUAAAAUAUUAAUACACUAAAGGAAAUCUUGCUGAUGUGAUUGUAAUGUACUAUGUAACUUAUUUACUUAAUAUCCUCUAUAUAUCUAAAAACCCUUUUAUUAA